AUGUCUACCGCAAGCCCAUCUGCUACGAUUCUCAAGAUCCCUGGCGAGUGGUGGGUGGCGGCCAGGAAGGCCAGGGUCGAGAACAUGGCCCUUCUUGAGUUCAAAGAUCACCAGUCCCGCUCCAAAGUGACGAAGGAACAAUUCUUGUCGUUCCGGACGUUCGUAACUCCUAUGGACACCCAACAAUUCGAGUCGGCAUCAUAG